GGCCGCCCCGAAAGGAUUCGUGCCGGGCAGGAGUUCUCGAUCCGUUCGCAGCCAGUCACCUCGUCUCUUCUUGCCUCGCCUUAUCUUGCUUCUCCUCGACCCGCCUCAUUCCUCCUCGCCGCUACCGGUAUACCUUAAGGAGCCGGAAAAAUGACUGACUCCAAGUAUUUCACGACCAAUAAAAAAGGAGAGAUCUUUGAACUGAAGGCAGAACUCAACAAUGAAAAGAAGGAGAAAAGGAAAGAAGCUGUCAAGAAAGUGAUUGCAGCUAUGACAGUGGGGAAGGAUGUCAGUUCUCUCUUUCCAGAUGUGGUGAAUUGUAUGCAGACGGAUAACCUGGAGCUAAAGAAGCUUGUCUAUUUGUAUCUGAUGAACUACGCCAAGAGUCAGCCAGAUAUGGCCAUCAUGGCUGUCAACAGCUUUGUGAAGGAUUGUGAAGACCCUAACCCUCUAAUUCGUGCCCUGGCAGUCAGGACUAUGGGAUGUAUUCGGGUAGACAAGAUCACCGAGUAUCUGUGUGAGCCACUUCGCAAGUGUCUGAAGGAUGAAGACCCUUAUGUCCGAAAGACUGCAGCAGUGUGUGUGGCCAAGCUGCAUGAUAUCAAUGCCCAGAUGGUGGAGGAUCAAGGCUUCUUGGAUUCUCUUCGGGAUCUCAUUGCAGACUCCAAUCCCAUGGUGGUUGCUAAUGCUGUGGCAGCCUUGUCAGAAAUCAGUGAGUCUCACCCAAACAGUAAUCUGCUUGAUCUAAACCCUCAGAACAUUAAUAAGCUGUUAACGGCUCUGAAUGAGUGCACUGAAUGGGGCCAGAUCUUCAUCCUGGACUGCCUGUCCAAUUACAACCCUAAGGAUGAUCGAGAGGCUCAAAGUAUUUGUGAGCGGGUGACUCCCAGGCUCUCGCACGCCAAUUCGGCAGUGGUCCUGUCAGCCGUGAAAGUCCUGAUGAAGUUCUUGGAGCUUCUGCCCAAGGACUCAGACUACUACAACAUGCUGCUCCGGAAGCUGGCUCCCCCCCUCGUAACCCUGCUCUCCGGGGAACCUGAGGUGCAGUAUGUCGCCCUGCGGAACAUCAACCUCAUUGUUCAGAAAAGGCCUGAAAUCUUAAAGCAAGAGAUCAAGGUCUUCUUUGUGAAGUACAAUGACCCGAUCUACGUUAAGCUGGAGAAGCUGGACAUCAUGAUCCGCUUGGCAUCCCAAGCCAAUAUUGCCCAGGUCCUGGCAGAACUAAAGGAAUACGCCACUGAAGUGGAUGUUGAUUUCGUCCGUAAGGCUGUGCGAGCCAUUGGCCGAUGUGCCAUCAAAGUUGAGCAAUCUGCCGAGCGCUGUGUGAGCACAUUGCUGGACCUCAUCCAGACCAAAGUCAAUUAUGUGGUUCAGGAGGCAAUUGUUGUCAUCAGGGACAUCUUCCGCAAAUAUCCCAACAAGUAUGAAAGUAUCAUUGCUACCCUGUGUGAGAACCUUGAUUCCCUGGAUGAACCGGAUGCUCGAGCUGCCAUGAUUUGGAUUGUAGGAGAAUAUGCUGAGAGGAUUGAUAAUGCAGAUGAGCUCCUAGAGAGUUUCCUGGAAGGCUUCCAUGAUGAGAGUACCCAGGUGCAGCUAACCCUGCUCACAGCAAUAGUGAAGCUGUUCCUCAAGAAACCUUCAGAAACUCAGGAACUGGUCCAGCAGGUGUUGAGCUUGGCCACUCAGGAUUCUGAUAACCCUGACCUUCGAGACCGGGGCUACAUCUACUGGCGCCUUCUUUCUACUGAUCCUGUGACAGCCAAAGAAGUAGUUUUAUCAGAAAAGCCUCUGAUCUCUGAGGAGACAGACCUAAUUGAGCCCACCCUCCUGGAUGAGCUAAUCUGCCACAUUGGUUCUUUGGCCUCCGUAUACCAUAAGCCUCCCAAUGCCUUUGUUGAGGGCAGCCAUGGGAUCCACCGAAAACAUCUGCCCAUUCAUCAUGGGAGCACUGAUGCUGGAGAUAGUCCUGUUGGCACCACCACCACAACCAAUCUGGAACAGCCUCAAGUCAUCCCCUCUCAGGGUGACCUGCUGGGGGACCUUCUGAACCUUGACUUGGGACCUCCUGUCAAUGUGCCACAGGUUUCUUCUAUGCAGAUGGGGGCUGUGGACCUCUUAGGAGGAGGCUUGGACAGCUUGCUUGGCAGUGACCUUGGCGGGGGCAUUGGAGGAAGUCCGGCAGUGGGGCAGUCCUUCAUUCCAUCAUCUGUGCCUGCAACUUUUGCCCCUUCACCUACUCCUGCUGUGGUUAGCAGUGGACUCAAUGACCUGUUUGAACUCUCCACUGGAAUAGGCCUGGCGCCUGGAGGGUUUGUGGCUCCCAAAGCUGUCUGGCUGCCUGCAGUGAAAGCGAAAGGCCUGGAGAUUUCAGGAACGUUCACUCACCGGCAAGGCCACAUCUACAUGGACAUGAACUUUACCAAUAAAGCGCUGCAGCACAUGACUGAUUUUGCUAUUCAGUUUAACAAGAACAGCUUUGGUGUCAUCCCUAGCACUCCUUUGGCCAUCCACACUCCAUUGAUGCCAAACCAGAGCAUCGAUGUGUCUCUUCCCCUCAAUACUUUGGGUCCAGUUAUGAAGAUGGAACCUCUCAAUAACCUUCAGGUGGCUGUAAAAAAUAACAUUGACGUCUUCUACUUCAGCUGCCUCAUCCCACUCAAUGUGCUCUUUGUAGAGGACGGAAAAAUGGAGCGCCAAGUCUUCCUGGCGACAUGGAAGGACAUUCCCAACGAGAAUGAACUGCAGUUCCAGAUUAAGGAAUGCCACCUUAACGCUGACACAGUUUCCAGCAAACUGCAAAACAACAAUGUUUAUACUAUUGCCAAGAGGAAUGUGGAAGGGCAGGACAUGCUAUACCAGUCUCUGAAACUCACUAAUGGCAUUUGGAUAUUGGCAGAGCUCCGUAUCCAGCCAGGAAAUCCCAACUACACGCUGUCUCUGAAGUGUCGAGCACCUGAAGUCUCCCAGUACAUCUACCAGGUCUACGAUGGAAUUUUGAAAAACUAAAAGACUAUUUGAGGGUCCUCACCACCCCCACCAUUUGUGCAAACCAAGAACUCUUUAACUGGAAGCAAUUGUGUUUAUGUGUAGACUCGAGUCCAAACCACCCUGACCCACAAAGGUAGUGACUAGUGUAUGUGUGCUAAUGUUAGGACACAACCCUCUGGAUAGUUUUAUCUGCCCACGAAAGUCUGUAAACCCUUCUUUGGCUACUCCCUGCCUCUGCCACCUGUGAGCUUCUCCAUCCUGUGCCAAUGGCUAUCAUUUUCUAAACCUGUUUUAGGGGCAUAGUUUGUUAUUUUGUAAUUGAAAAUUCAUUUGAGGAAUCCAAAAAAAAAAAAAGGGAAAGAAACUUUAUUAAAGCAAAGUAUCAUUGAAUCAUGAAUUGCACUUUAUUGUUUUGUAUUUUUUUUUAUACAUAUUGGAAUUUUUUUUUUUUGCUAGGAAAAAGGAAAAGAAGCAACUGCCCUUUGGUAACCAACCAGAUCUAGAGGAAGAGUCUGCCCCUUCCAAAGUCAGAGUUACCCUGCUCUCUGGGCAGCAUGUUUUUAGGAGAAGUUCAUCUCUGAUUAAUUGAAUUUAAAAUUAUUAUUUUUUUUGGUGUCUUUUCCUCUCUCCUUCAGGCAGUGUGCUUUCCUUGAUUUUGUUUUUUCCAAAUUACUCUGCUUUUGGACAUGCCAAUCUCCUUUAUUUGGUAAUUCCAGGAUGCUGGAGAUAUGGAGAAGGGGCCCUGAUUUCUUUCUACAACAGAGAGAAACAGAAAUGCAGCUAUCCACCCUAGAGAUCAUCAAGUAAAAAUUAAUAGGAGGCUCUCUUCUUUGUACCUGAGCCAAAAUGGAUCUGGUGGAGUCCCAGAGCUGGUUCCUCUGUAUGUCCUGCUCCUUGAAAUCCUUAAGUCAGACUAUGUGGAGCCUGGGUGGUCCCUUUGAUCUAUAGAAACCGAGGCCCAGACAGAGGAAGAAUGCCUACUUGGUGGCAUAGGUGGGACUGAAAUUUGGACCUUCUGACUCCCUUCUUGCAUAACAUCCCCCUGCCUUUUACCUCUUCCCAUGCCUUCCAUGUGUCUUUCUGUCUGUGUUCUCCAUGCUGAUUUUAGCACUCCCUUCAGUCCAGCAGCUUUCCUGGUACUUGCUAGUCAUGUGAAGGAUCAUUCUGAAAAACAAAGCUACUCCAAAAGGAAGCAGCCUCAUUCCCUCUAGUGCUCCAGGGCGACAGGCCUGGGGCCAGCAGGGUCAGUUCAGUGAUGGUGCCCCUAAUCCAUUGUCCUGUUGACCUCCAGCAACUGUGUUCCGUGGACUGUUGGGAUUGUCUUGGAAGGGGUUGCCAGCUUUUAUUACUACACAGUAUCUUGGGAGCUCCCCUGACCCUCCUUUUUGGUUGGACAUAAUUGAUUGAAGAAUGUUUUAACACCUGAAGCACCUACUGUUUCAUUAUUUUACCCCCCUGUGGGCUUGUCCUGGUGUGGCUCUUUUGCAUUUAAUCCUUACAUUGCCAACCUGAAUCUGUGGGUGCCACUGGCCACCUCUAGCCCUGUCUGGUAUUUCCUGUGCUCCAGGGCACUAUUGGAGACUGAGAAAGGGGUUGCUCCUUAGAUCUUCCUGAGCAAAUCUCAGGUACUUUAAGAGCGAAGACCUCUACUCACUCUGCCUCACUCUCUCAGCUCUCAAAUUCUGGGGAUUCCAACCAGCAGAUAAAAUUCUUAGAGGGAUCUGUUGGCAAGAUUUCUCUAGAGAAAGAUUCGCAUUUUCAGAAAACAGGGCAAGAGACCCAACAAAUGGCCCAGAUUGCUGGAUGUACAAGCUAAAAUGGGUUUGGCUUUAGUGACCAGAAAGGAACUAGGUGGCAAUAGGAAGCCUGCCAUCAUCUUGGCCUCUGCCACAGGCAUUCCAGCAGCCAUGAUUCUGCACUUUGUGAAGUGUACCUGAGUUCACUACUUGUAGGUCUUGCAGUGACUCCCUGUAACCAGCCUUGUGAGAACCCAAAGAAGGAGUCAUGGCGAUGUAGCUGUCCUGGUCCCUCACAUCUUCUGGUGACUGCCAGUGUUAGUGAAGGAUGUGCAGAGAAGGGGUCUGUUUGCCUGCUUUCCUGUCUGUAUGUCAAAAGAGUAGGAUCAGAAGGACCAUGAGGUCUGCUAAAUUUGUUUUAUUAAUGAAGCACAGAAAGCCACAUGGGGAGAGGUUCUCCCUUCAUGAUUCAUUGGUUCUGCCCUAGGCCAGGACAAUGAGAUGUUUGAGGUUAGGGGUUGGACAGGCUGUCUUAUGUGAGGAUGUGCUUACAACCACUCUGGCACCCCAGCCAAAUGGAGGGAGCCAAACUGGGACAUUUUAAUUUUUCGAAAACAUUGGUCAUUAUGGCCCUCCUUUAAUCCAUAGGCAUGAAGCACAAUCUCUCCAAUUCUUUCAGAGGGAAACAGAUGUUAGCCAGCUCUAAACUCUUUCCCUUUCGUGCUUUUGGAUCAUGCCUAACUUAACUGAUUGUGGAAUAUGUGUGUAUAUGUAUGUAUGUAUGUGUGUGUGUGUCUGU